GUCAGCAGACUCGAAAAUUUUACGAAAGCAAACCGCGAUGAUCGCGAUCGAUACCGGCUGAUGUCAUACAUAAUUAUGAUGGUCUCUAUUGUUGCCCAAAACGGAAGCCUGCAGCUGCUUGUGUUGUGGUAGGCCUACGCGAUUAGAGCCAUUUCUCCAGGAACUCAACCAGUUACGGGCUGUAUUGCGCAGCUUUCUAUCAUCAUGUUCUCGAAUAUAUUCCGCAAACGAUCGGAUGCUAUCGUUGUCAAAGAGGAGACCUCUCGAAAGAGCGUCUCGUUUUCCUUGGAAUGGACGGUGAAAAACUUCUCCUCAUAUCGCAAUCAAACCCAGCCAAUAAUGAAUACAGGGGUUACCAUGGCGGAACUAGGGAUUCACGACUACAAAGGUCUCUGGCGUGUUCGGAUCAUUCCGUGCAACAUGGGCAAACUGGGAACUGGAACUGUUGCUGAUUCGGAAAAAUAUGUUUCGGUGUUCCUGUAUUUAACUGACGAAGAUUUGGGAUCCACGUCAUACAGCGGCACGCAUGGGAUACUCGCCAAAAGCCAGGAUCGGGUGGAAACCGGAAAAUGGAAGAUUUAAAUUGUUCGUACCUCACCGGACACCAACAUGUACCUCACAAAUCACUCUUCAUGGGGUCACGGAACUAAUUCAGCACUCCGCCCUCUUUGGCAGCAAUUGUCGCGAUGGCCAACUGAAAGACGACUGCAUUACUGUGACCAUCAAGGUGACGAUGUUUAAAGACCCCGAAACAAUCUGCUGGCCAUGUCGACACACAUCCUCUUCGGAAUACAACUGGGCCGAAUUUGCCAAGGAAAGCGCUGGAAGGUUGCAUCCAGGAGGAUUUAUAUACAGUUGUGAGCCACCACAGUUUGGUAGCCAGUCAUUCAUGGUUCGCCUCGUUCUAUCAGCUACAUCUCCGGCUGGAAAGAAGACAAAGAAGGCCGGACGACCGAAUUAUUUGGGUAACUUCCAGGUGGCGGCGGUAGGUUUUGUGAAGCUCGCGGAAGAUUACGGGCUGCCAGGCUGUAGUUCAGAUAAGCAAUCACGCGCUCGAAGCGAAAUUGUGGGCAUUGCAGAGAUGCAGAGCCGACCUAACUGAGCACUAUGGACACUGCAGUACGAGUGUCUUCACCACAGUUCAAGAGUAAAUAAAAUUUGUUCCACGGUUUUCGCCAUUCUUCAAGAGUCAAGAUGAACCAGCGUUCCUGUGAAGAAGAUCAUACGCCGUAGUUUAUUUCUUGGCAAUCAAAUUCAAGCACUUUUGUGCCGGUCGUCCAUACCGACAAAUUGUAUAUACCGGGUUUUAUAAACCAAAAAAUUACCCGGAUACUUAAAGGCGUAUUUUUCCUUUGAUAUUGUGCAUGACUGCAUGUUAAUUUAGUUUUAGUUAAAGUAUACUAAUUGUUACGUGCAUCUGUAUAUUUAUUUAAUUUGUAAUCGCUGCUUUUAAACUCUGCUAUCCAACCAAAACCAUGAUCUAAGCACCAUAAGAGGCUCUCGGUUAAGUGCCACUUGAACCUCUUUAUGCCGAUACAAAUGAUACUCGUAUGAUAUCUACCGUUGUAUCUCCUAUCAGUGUGCUACUGGAUCCAUUAGACAUGUGGCAUAAGUUCAAUGGAGUUCAGUCUUUGUAAUUUUUAUAUGAUGUAAUCAAAAUAUGCGAGCCAGUACCAAUGGUUUUCUUUGUAUAUUGAGUUUGCAUGAGCAUUUCGGCUUAGUACUUAGAAAAUCCAGGUGCGAACACAGCAACAGCAGGUAAGCAAUGCUAUUAAAAAGUCCGUUAGCCGUU